ACUACCCAGAUAAAAUGAUUUGGGGCCGAAGCGCUUAUUUGAAAACUUAUAGGGAUGUAGAAUGACGUACCCACCCUUGUGUAGUGAGGGGGAAAGUGACCCUGUGUCGUCCCGGGAGAGGACUCCAGUGGUAGGGGCGCGUAUAAACAGGUAGAGAACAUUGUAAGGGGGGGCAUGCCCCUCUCCCCCUGCUACGGCCCUGAAGCAACUGCCAACAAGCUUGUCAGCAGAGGGGAAGACUUGACUGAAAGCUGAGCAUGCGAACAGCAGGGGAAGACUUGACGUAACGCUGAGCAUGCGAACUUGUCAGCGGUCAGUCUUUUUCAACAUGGCGGACAACGAGGACGAGACGUACGAACUGUGCAAUUUGAAAGGCUCUUUCGUAUCAUUAGCGAUGUUUAAAGAUGUGACAAACUGCAAGGAGCUAAGACAAGCCGCCAUCGAUGGCAAUAUAGAAGCAGCCUUGCUAAAACCUAAAAUGCUUAUUAAUCCCCUACAAGUUUUGUUGGCUGCACACAAGGCUAUACACAACAACAAAAUGGAUAAACUGAAGACAAAGACUUUAUACUCAGAGAUCAUUUUCAAUCUUUCUCCAACCAACAAUAUUUCAGAUUCCUUUAGAAAAUUUGGAUUAGCUGAUGGUGAUGACAGUGUUCUUAUAGCAACAAUUAGUAGCGAUGCACAAAAGAUGUCUUCAGUAACUGCCUUUGUGCAAGGGAACAGGGUCCCUGUAAACACCUUAUCAACAUCAGCAGAUAGAGAGUUUAUAAAGAAGAUUUACAAAGUAACUGAAAGUGAGCUUGCAUGCGGAUCCCUUGCAGACGCUGUUAUCUUCAGAAUGGCUACCAAGGAUGCUUUAUAACAGUACAUCAUGAUCGGUGUGACAGUCGACUCGCUUCCAUUGGUCGGACGAUAAGUUAUCAAUCAAGAACGCCAUUGCGGAAUCGACGAAGGUGGCGACCGAACUCUGUAUGAUAAAAAAAUAUUUUUGUUAUAUCAUGCGUUAUAUCAUAUGUUAUGUCAUACUUAGGAAGUGUUCAUUAAAUAUACCGACGGUGGGGGAGGGAAGAUAUUGAGGGGAGGCUCCAAUAAUUUUAACAUCCAAAAGGGGGGCUUUGAUAAAAAAGGUCCUCUAAGGGAAAAAGAAAGAUAAUUUUGGGGUUCUAUAAGGGGGACCACCGAAAAAAAUGUUUACAAUGAAAGGGGGGCUCUGAAAUUUUAAGGUGUCUUGAGUAAAAAUCUUCCCUCCCUCCCCUCGGUGUAAUUUAGUAACACUCCCUUAUGUUGUAUUCUAUCAUCUUGGACCUAGGGCACAGCGGCCAUAGGAAGCGAGGGAGGGGUGAGGGAGUUACGCUCCGCUUUCUCAAAUGUGACAUCUUUGUUUUUUAUUGAUAUUGCGUGUUUUAUUUCCCUUAUUUAUGUCAGACUGUAAACCGUAUUAGGGAAAUCAUCGUAAGGUUGAAAUGGUCCGCUUCGCUUCUCGAGCGUUAGCGAGCCCUUUGUCGGAGCAAAAUAGACUAAAAGACUCCCUGAAUUUUUUUUUUCUACAACGAAGGGCUAACACUCGAAACGUCAACGAAACUGCCCUGUUCUUACAGAUGUGCAAAACAUACCAUUUCAACGUUAUUUUGAUUUAUUUAACCCUGAUUCUACCACUCCUAAGCAGAACUAUUAGUUUUUCUACAAUUUGUCUGUAGUUCCAUACCAUGUAAACCGUAUUUGUUUGCGUGAGAAAUCCAAUAAACGUCUUUCUGCAUGCCUUUA